AAUCGUUACAAUUGCAUUAAAAAAAGGAAACAAACGAAAGAGAUUUCGUUUCGUAGCAAAUCUCGCGUGGUAUCGUUUUAACGUUCAUCUCGAUUUGAAUAGAUUUCUGAAAUCGGCAAAGCAGUAAUUCAGUUUAAAAGGAAAAAAAUUAGUUGGGCCAUAAUUAAUUCAAUAAUUCAGAUUUCAUAUUACAAAAUUAAUAUCAAUUAAUCGUUAACAUACAUCUAUUCGUUGAGCCAAUUUAAAAUUAAAAUAUCUAAAAUUCAAGAAUUUUCGUGAAAAAGAGGGAGAAAAUAAUUGAUCAUUCAAUUCUUUGGAAAUAUCAAUUGAGUUUGUCAUUAUGACGAAUGCGAGUGACGACGCGAUCGCCGCCGCGGACUCGUCGAACAAGUCCGUGGACCUCGCGCGGAAGGAGCUGGCCGCGAUCCUGGGCAAAAUAGACGACCUGAGACUUCCGGCCAAGGUCUGGCGGCUGCUGCGCGCCCGUUCGCGACUGCGACCGACGAAACUGAUAAAAGUUCGCGCGUGGCACCUGUGGCUCGUCCUGCUGCUCGCCACGUGGCUCGCGGUGCAAGUCGCGUGGACUUACGUGUUGGCGUAUCGAUACAGCAAGUGCUGGAUAACGACGCCCUCGUUUGUGCAAAAACUUUUCCGACCGCCGCAGGACUGCUCGAUCUGCCAGGAUGUUCAACAGGUUGACAAACUCUCCGCCGUCGAUCCGACGAUCUUUGAACAACGCUACGCGUAUUCAGGGAAGCCGGUGGUGAUAAGCGACGCGAUGGCCAACUGGACGGCGCCUAAGGUGUUCUCCUUCUCGUUUUUCAAAACGCUCUACCGCGGGGAGGAGGCGAGCUGCCAGUUCUUCCCGUACAAGACGGAAUUUCGGAGUCUACAGGACGUAUUCGACAUGAGCGCCGAUCGAGCCAUGAUGGAAAAGGGCACGAUGCCGUGGUACGUCGGCUGGAGCAACUGCGACGAGAAGGUCGGCGUAAUAUUGAGGCAGCAUUAUCAGAGACCGUAUUUUCUUCCCGCUACUGCUGAAAGCAAGAAAACGGAUUGGAUUUUUAUGGGAAGCAACGGCUACGGCGCACCAAUGCAUGUGGACGAUGUGGAUUAUCCCUCCUGGCAGGCGCAGAUAAAGGGUGAAAAAUUGUGGAUUUUAGAUCCGCCGAGGGAGUGUCACUACACAUGCAAGAGGCUGGAAGUGAUUGUGCAUGCCGGAGAGAUAAUCGUCUUGGAUACGAAUCGUUGGUACCACCAAACAAAAAUCAUUUCCGAGGACAUGAGCAUUACUAUCGGAGCUGAGUAUGACUGAAGCGGAGUAAAGUUUGAUAGCUGACUUAUAGCAGCAGAUUCUCAUUCGUUGCGUAACGACGAAUGUGUUAUAAAAAAGUUCCUGUAUGCAAAUGUAUCAAAUAAUAAAAU